UAAAAGACAAUUCCGUUUCCGUUUAAACGUCAACGCCAAAUUUGUCAAUUUUUGUUAUAAUUUACUGAUUUUGUUACCGAUAGAAAAUAAAUACGAACGAUUAAAAUUCUAAAAUUUAGUAUUUAUCGUAGACUACACCUAUUUCAAGAUGCCACGAGGUAAAUACACUAACCACAAAGGACGCAACCGAAAGUUCACCAGUCCAGAAGAGUUAGAAGAACAACGGAAACAAGAAGAACUGAAAAAAAAAUGGAGAAAAGAACAUGGAGGUGAUAGUUCAAGUGAAGAAGAAUCAGCUGAAGAAAAGUCUGGGUCUGGUAGUGAAGAGAGUGACUCAGAGGAUGAUGCACCUGUAAAAGCAAAGGGUGUUUCAGGCCUCAUCGAAGUAGAAAAUCCUAACCGUGUAGUAAAGAAAAAUAAAAAAUUAUCUAAUCUGGAUAAUUUAGGAGAAGGCGAGAAACCUCAGUUAUCAAGACGUGAGCGUGAAGAAAUAGAACGUCAGCGGGCCGCUGCUGCGUAUCAGAAAGCACACGCGGAAGGCAAAACAGAGCAGGCGCGAGCAGACUUGGCGCGAUUAGCUAUCAUCCGACAACAACGGGAAGAAGCCGCGAAGCGUCGAGAAGCCGAGAAAAAAGCCAAGGAGGAAACUCCUAAAAAACGGUAAACAAUGUCCUGUUAAUAGACUGCAAGCAUAUUGUUUUUGCUGUUAACAUGCUCAUACUCAGGCUAGGUCAAGCUUUCAAAAUCACAGUUAGAAUUAAGAAUUCUCGUUUUCUUUAAAUUCAUGCAUAAGGAAUUGUCAGUUGAUAUUGUCGCAUAAUAAACUUAAUAAAUAUUUAAAAUAAAAUCAGUUUUGAAAUGCUUUCCUGGCGGUGAUUAUACAUGUGUGAAAUUCGAUGUAAAAGUUUUUUUUUUUUUAUUUUAAAUCUUUUUUCGUUCAAUCAAAUACAUGCAUUAAACUGUCUUAAUGGUAUCGACUUAUAUUUUAAAAGAUUGCAAUUUAUAUUGUAUGUUUUAAAUAAUCAACAUAAAUUUAGAUAGAAGGUUAAAUUGCCAUAACUUGAAGAUUAUUGAAUUCUGAGUGGUUGAAUGUUCUAAAAUGGUAUUAAAGUAAGUAUUCUUUUGCAUUGAAGUGAGCGAGUAACAGAGAGUCAAUUUGUUUAAAAAGUAGACUUUUAUAUAUUCUUUUUAAUCAUAUGUAGACAAUUAAUUAAAAUGCACGAGAUUCUGUUAUAGAUUAAUCAUCUGGGGGAAUUGUACUAUAAUUCUCACGAUCUAACAUUUACCGAUAAUUUGCCAUAGGUAGUAACCAAAAAUUUUAUAAAUAUCUCUGGUUUAUUUUUUUAAUAAUAAUUCACUUAUCUGUGGCAAUUGUCAAUGUGUACAUGUGAAUUUAAUUGAUUUUUUUAAUGUCAACAUCUUUGUUUUAUUAUUAACACUUAUUUCUCAUAAUUAGAAAGUUCAUUUAUAUGUUGUAAUGAAAUUAAAUAAUUAUACUAUAUAUAUAAUAUAAGUAUUUAUUUAACAAAUAUAAAAAGGGUAUAUUGAAUUUAUAUUUUCAAUUCCACCAGAAUGUACCUAAGUAAAUGAAUUUUAUGUAUGUAUUUUGCUUAGGUCUAAUUGUUAGAUAGUCUCACUAGGCAAUUUUUAUAUGCAAACAUGUAUCUGUAAAAAUAAAAGUUGAAAAUGA